AUGACUGACAUAAAAAUACCUUUUGGUUGGAACUCUUACUAAACUUGUUCAACAAAUAGAUGUUCUUAUUCUUCUAUUUAAGAGCAAGGAGUGUCUUAUUGGAACGAUUCUAAUAUUAUCAUAAGUCUUUUCUUCUAUGUUGCAAUUGCUGGAACUUACAAUAUUACCCUUUAGUCUGCUGAAGUAUAGAGAUCAGCAGAACUUUAAGUUAGUAUACCCUCUAUCUCAUACAAUUACCUUGCAAACUUUGAUACUGAUAGCUUGAAUCUGUCUCUUGGUGCCAUCCAAAUUUAAAACUCUGGUUACUUGUAAGUAAAUUUUAAAGGCACUAAUUCUUCAGUAAAUAAAAAAGCUGGCUAUUAUCCUUAAUUAAACUCUUUUGUUCUCUCAGGUUCGAAAAACAAAAAUUCUAUAUAUUAUGUUAAUGACUCUUUUUCAUCACAUUUUGGCAGAAGAGGUCCUUCAGUUCAUUUAACAUAUAACUUAGAAUCUGAUCAAAAUAUCCAAUAAUUCUUCAAUGAAGCUAAUGUUCCUAAGUACUGGGAUGCAGUAGGUACUUAUGCAAUGGCAAUAGGCUUUGACUACGGAUAUUUUGGAAUGUAAGUAAAUUCUGAAUCUGAAAGAAGAAUUCUUUUUUCUGUAUGGAGUCCAUAGUCAACUGAUGACUCAUCUUAAAUAUCAGAUGAGAAUACUGUUAUUUUAGAUUCUAAAGGUAACAACACCGUUAUUAACUCUUUUGGAGGUGAAGGUUCUGGCGGAUAGAGCUAUCUAGUUUAUCCUUGGGUUGCAGGUGUUUCAUAUUAAUUCAAGCUUGUUGGUUAGCCUUCUACAAACGGGUACUCAGUAUUUAGUGCUUAUUUUAAGGAUCCUACUAAUUCCUAAGAUUAUAUUUUAAUUGCUUCAUGGAAAAGACCAAAAACAUAAUCAUACUUAAGUGGUUUAUAUUCAUUUUUAGAAAACUUUGAUCCAGAAAAAGGAAAUAUUUCAAGAAAAGUGUACUAUAAUAACUAAAAGGCAAUUGAUAACUUAGGUAAUUAAGUAAAAGUAUUAUCAGCUUACUUUACUUAUGAUGAAACAGCUCAAUAAAAACAGAGACUGGAUUAUGACGGUGGUGUAAAUAACUUAAAUGGAUAUUACCUUAGAAAUUGUGGCUUUUUUAAUAAGACUAAUGUUAAGUAAGGAGAUACUUUCAUAAAAAAUAAAUGA